AUUUUUAUAUCCAAAUGGAAAUCAAAAAUACAAACACAUCUCUUGAACUUAAACCACCAUUCAAGGUUCAUAUUAGUAACAAUAAAGCAUUAUUAUGGAAUAUUGAAGAAAUUCGAUUUCUACGUGAAAAUUACCGAAUUGUAGGAUCUUUUAUUGGAUGUCUUCCAAGAUAUCCAUUGCAAAAUCAAUUAUUUGGUUUGCCAAUGACUUUGUUGAAUGAAGAAGUUACACUGCUUCUUUCUAAAGGAUUAAUUAUUUUAGUUGAUGAUAAAAAAAGUCAUCAAUCACCUACAAAUGCACAAAUUAAAGAAUUUGAGCAGAAAAGUUUUCAAGAGGAAAAUAAACAGUUACAAGAAUAUAUAAAUUUUAUUGAGGAAAAAAAAUUAAAGAUUAAAAAUUUAAAAAAGAAUAAUACUUUAAAUCAUGAUAUUAAAGAAAAAAUCAAUAAAGCUAAGAAAACAAAUUUAAAUGAUUUAAAAGAAGAGAAUACAUUGUUACAGCAAAAAAAAGAAUCUCGGAAUCUGGAAAGUACUCCAAACUCUGAAAAUAAAACAUCAAAAGUAAAUGGUUUUGCACCAAUAAUUAAUAUUAAAACAUCAUCAACAUCAUUUACUUGGUAUAAUAAUAAUGAAAAUUGGUUUGAUUCUAUCAAUACAGCUAAACAAAAUAAUUUAUGGAUUUGGCCAAGUACUUUAAAGGAUAUACAAAAAUAUAAAAUAUAUAGUGAUUUAUGGAAUAAAGGAUAUUAUAUUACUAGUGGUAUUAAAUUUGGUGGAGAUUAUCUUUUAUAUCCUGGAGAUCCACUGAAAUAUCAUAGUCAUUUUAUAGCCACUGUUUUUGAUAUAAAUAAAAUAAUAUCUCCUAUGGAUAUUAUUACAUUUGGACGUUUAGGAACUACUGUUAAAAAAUCAUAUAUGUUAUGUUCUUGGAAUCAACAAGAAGAUAAAGCUAUUUAUUUUUGUUUAGAAUGGUCUGGUUAUGGUUAA